CAAUCGAAGCUCUUGAACCCCCGUUUGAGCGGAGGCUCCGGGGCGGACCCAGCCCGGCCCCUCGGCGCCUGCGCGCGGUUUCGGUUCGUGCGGCGGCGUGCGGAGCGCUCGGAGUGGCCUGCAGGGUUCCGUGGGGCCAUGGCUCCCGUGCUGAACCUCAACAACGAGGUUGUGAAGAUGAGAAAAGAUGUGAAGAAGGCCAGAGUUCUCACUAUUCGGAGACUAACCAGACACAUUAGGAAAUUAAAAUCGAAAAGGGGUUCAGAAGACUUGAAAUUAAAGAACAAGAAACGGGUUGAGAGAUUAAUAGAAGAAAUCCAUGCCAUGAAGGAAAUAAAACCAGAUGAAGUUACAAGACUUGCUCUUAGGACAGAAGUUAAUUUUGAAAGUGUCUGCAAAAAGCCAAACUGUACUGCAGCUGAGCGAGCCAUGGCAAGACUUGCAACACAUCCCACCUUGAAGCCCAGAUUUGUUGAACUUAAAGCUGCUGUUAAAGCUUUUAAGGAUGCAAGAAAGAAUCCAGACAAAGACACUCCUAUGAAAAAGGAUCAGUCAGAAGAACAGCCUAAAUCAGUAAAAUGUUUCAGUAACAGCUUGGAUGACCAAACUUGUAAGCGGCCUCAAAAACAGCAAGGAUGUGAACACAAAACAAAACUAGGCAUUAAAGUAGAAACUGACAAGGUGGUUGAAGAGCUCUGUGAGAGUGAAUAUGAACAGAAAACUCUGGAAAUGAAGAGAGUGUAUGCUUCAGAAGAACCUUCAUUUCAGGCAGUAGAAAUGCAAAUGGUUACUCAAAACAAAACAGGAAAGAAACUUGACUAUCAAAAAAGGAAAGAAAAUAUGAGUAAGAAAAAAAUAAAUGCAAUAAAAGAAAUAAUUUAUGAUAGUGACCAAGAGCAUCCCAGUGAAAAGGAAUACUUUGAUGAUAGUACUGAAGAGAGGUUUUAUAAUGAGUCAUCAGAUUCUGACAGUGACAGCAAUGAUGACUUCUUCAUUGGAAAAGUAAAAAAGAAAAAAACAGCAGCAGUUAAUAAUUUUUCUUCAACAAAAGAAAAGGCUAGUGUUCAGAAAAAUGUAAUGAAAACAGAAAAGAGCACAGUGUCUGGGACAGUACAAGAUUUGAUCAUGGAAGAGAGAAAGCCACUUGCAAAAGCAAGCAAGCUGGAGUCAGUGAUCUGCAGUUCUUUGUCUACCACCUAUCAGAAAUCUCAGAACAGAAGAAAUACUAAAGACCAGCCUCUGAAAAAGGAAAGAACAGGUUUUCUUAAAAAUGAAACAAAGCUCAAGAAGAAACCAUUUUCAAAAGCUUCAGGGGAUAUUAAAUGCAACAAUAAUAAAGCAUCUUUGGAGCAGCCUCUUCAUCCUUCAUGGGAAGCAAGCAGGAGACGCAGAGAGCAAAUGUCUCAAAUCACAGCAUUUCAAGGGAAAAAGAUUAAAUUUGAUGACUAGACUAUACAUAAAUGGAGGUUCAAAAAACAUUUUUUUUGCAACUGCUCUUUGAGCAUUUUUGUUAUACUGUCCAUAUCCUUUGCAAUUUACAAACCUGCAACUAUUAUUUACCAUUGUAGAAUAUCAAGAUUGUUUCAUUCAUUCUUUGUGCUGUUCAUUAAUGUAAUGACCAUUUGGUGCUGGUUCGUAAGUCCCAUUAUGUAGUGCCAACAUUCAUGAAAUAUACCCUAAUGUGAACAAAGGAUUUUUUAGAAACAUAAUUUGUGCCCUGUAGGAAUAGUACAGAUUAUUUGGACAGGGGUUUGGAAGGCAAUUUUUUUAAUGUAAAAAAAUGUACUUUAUAUGAGAAUUUGGUUGUCAAAAGAAAGGUUCUAUAUUGUCCCAUCUCAACUGAGACAAAGUUAAAAGAUUCUUAAACUUGAAGAGACUUCAAAAAUUUACCAGUGUAUCAGGUAUCUGGCAAAGUCAAUUAGUUUUAAGCAUAAUAUGAAAAUUUCUGGGGAGAAUAAAAUACUGUGCUUUUAAAUUGUGAUCUCUGUCCUCUGAUUAUACUGCCAAUUUGAAGAAAUGAAGCAAUGUCUUUAAUAUUUUGUUCUGGUAGUUAUGUCUGGAUUCUUCAACAUGUGUGUCUUGCACUUUCUGAAAAAUGUGAAAAAACUUUGUACACUAAGAAACAUUUGACUUUUAAGUGCCAGUCUGACACUGGGAGUUCAUUUGAUUAGAAUAUAGCAUAAAAAGUUCAUUGAAUAUGCUUCAGGUACUUUCCCUAUACCUUAUUGAAAGAAAUUCUGAACAUGUAAUUAAUCUUUAAUAGUGUUGUUUUUUUAAAUAUAGUUACCUUUCAUUAUCAAAUUAAUUCAUAAAGCUAAUAAAUGACUGGACUGUACUAUUCAUGUAGCAUUUUGAGAUGCUUAAUGGAAGCCCUGCAUCACCCCAAAGGCCCAUCUAACCUAGUAUCUUUGAAAGUAGUCAGAAAGGGGUGCUUUAAGGACAGAAGGAGCACACAGUGAUACAUCAUACAACAUUGAUCUCUUCAAGCUUCCAGUUUACAGCUGAGCGACGUCUUGUGAUACAGUAGCUUAUAGUGUUUAAUAAUCCUUGAUCAGUUUCCUUUCUUCAGAUUUGCCUGCUCUUAAAUCCCUGCAGACUUGUAGGGUAUGUCAUCUCUUAAGGUGUAGAUGGCCUUCCAACAUAUUGCAGUCUGAAAAAGUCUAGUCUUUUUCUGUGUCUCAGACAAAGCCAUCAGGCUUCUGGGCUGCAUUAGAAAAUGUUGCCAGCAGUAUGAGGAUCCUUGCCCUGGACUAAACACAGGUAAUGGUACAUUGUAGACAUUCCAUCUUGUGUUAAGUUCUUGAAGACUAAGCCUUCAAGUGGGUCUGUUCUGCAUUAAUAUUUAGGCAUGGUUUGCCCUACUUAGGCUUUCUUUUCUAUAUACUGAACAAAUGUCAGUUUAUGUAAUACUGUCUUUAAUGGCAUUGCCUCCCAGAGAAAUGAGAAAUUCAAACCACCUUUCAUUUCAAAGUGGUUUUGGUGCUGUUAUUUUCACUGUUCUGUAUGGAACAGUAAUGAAGGCCAAAAGCUACAAAAUAAAGCACAGAAACCUAUUUACUGUGCUUUUGUAGGGUUAUAUUUUGCAGAAGAAGCCAUGCAUUUACCUGCUUUCUACAAACUUCAAGAUUUUCAGAUGCAAAUGUUAAUCCUUAAAUCUUUAAAUAAAAUAAGUAAAUAAAUCCUAGAUGAAUGCCACACCUGGUAUGUGACUUCUCUGCUUCCAGUGUAAGGCAAGAGAAAUGUCUUUUGGUAGGUGUUGUAACAGUUUUUCAUGGACAGCUUACCUUUCAGCAGAUGAGUACCCUGUUUAAAGAUCAAAAACUUAAAAGAUUGCAAAUAGUUUGGGAAAAACCUCAAGACUUUAAGGAGCCAAUGUUCUAAAGUGCUUUUUUUGCAUGUGCUUAAAAGGUUUAGGGUCAUUGGUUUAUCUUGGCAUUAGAGCAAGUUUCUUACUGCAUUAUUACAGCUGUAAUUUUGUAAUUUGUGGCCAUAGAAUUCUCCCUGAAGGAAGCCUGACUUAACAAAACAUCCUUUUUUUUUUUUUUUUUCCCAAAAAUAUUCUGAGCUCUUAUUUUAAAGAAAAGAAAAAAGACAACAUACACUGAACAUGAAUGAGAGAAGAGAGAUUAGGAUACUGGCAUUACUUCAUAUUUUAAUGAGUUACUGCUACUUUCUGCUGGUGCUUAGUGACUCACCUGGAUCACAGCUUUAAUACAUUAUACAAAUGAGUAGUGAUGGUGGAGACUUGAUAGUAUCUUUUACAUGUAACUGGUAAUUUGUUUAUGAACUGAUAAAUCCAGUGAACUUGCCUGGAGGUUGUUGAUAAAGUUUAGAAUGUUUUCUCUUCAUUGUAACAACAUAACAUUUUCAGCAUAUAUGUGAUUUUAACUUGUAUCUGUAGCAUUGUUUAGACAGAGACUUCUCAGAAAAUACUAGCAAUUUAUUUUUAUAGUGACAUGGGAAGUUAUUCUUUUCUGUGAUGAUUAGAUUUUAAAAUCUUGAUAUCCAUGCCUUUCUGUUCAGUACCAGAACAUAGAAGAAAUGUCUUGAGCCAGGUACAUACUGUCAGAUACUACAAGGCUGCUUCAGGUGCACAAUUUUUUCACUUCAGGCUUACCAACAAUUCAAUCUCAGAUUUUUCAGUGUGUUUUAAGACAGUAAUUACUAGUUUAAAUGUGUUUGUUUUUUUUUUUUUUUUAUAGCAAAUGGGUGUAUUAUUGAUGGGACCACUUUGUAGACUUCCAAACAGGCAUAAAUAUUUCUUUAAUCAGGUUUUAUGGAAUUAUUAGAUCAGGAAAAAUGGAGCUUGAAUGAAAAUUCAGUUACAGCAACACUUUCUGGAGUGAAAGAAUGAAUCGUGGUAGAUCUACUGGUGGUAGAUAAUUUUGAGAUACUAAGCAGGUGGUCUAAUGUAAAAAUGAGAUAGCAGAAUGGAGGUAGAAGGUACAUGUGAACUAGAAGAUGCUUUAUUUUCAACAGAUUUGCAUAUGCUUUCUUCCAUUAUCACAAGCCAUUUUUAUUGCAGUUUUGUAUUUGCACAAAAGUUAAUCCACUCCAGGUUCUGUGGUGUAGGAAUAGCACAUGGAGAAAUUGUCAGUUUGAAGCUCUUAGCUCUAAUAAGUAGUAGAACAUGAAAUACUUUUUAAAUAGAGAAACAUUACACAAUGUGGGUUAUAUCUGAAAUAAUACUACAUUUAUUUUAUUAAUUUUAAAAGAUAUUACAUUGGUUUUGUCUCCAUUUACAUGAAGCCAAGAGUGCCAAUUAGUUGGUAUUUAUGUGUUUGAUGACUCCAGUAAGACUCUUUUUAACUAUUAGAGCGAAACUAUUUAGAGUCCAAGUCUCUUUUUAACUAUUCUCUUCUGUAGUAGUGAAGGGACAAGAGAUGCUUCACAACUCAAGACUGUUUUAUCGGUUUAGCAUACAGAUUGAAGAGGCAGCAGGACACUGACUUGUACUGGCUUGUAGAGGUUGUAAAUAACAGGAUAAAAUGUGUUUGGAGUAACUGUAUGUUUAAUCUUUUAGUCAGUUUUCUAGAGUACAUAGGCUUCCUACCAUGUACUGCUCAAAUAUUCUUUCUGUAAAAGUAUAAUUUUUGGAGCAGAAAUUCUGAAAGUGUUUUUUAAGUUCCUGUUUUUACCGAGACAGAUACAGUAAGGAAAUAGUGUCCAGAUGAACCAAAUGCCUCCUCCUGUUAAGCCUUGACAUGUUAAUCCUUUGUGUAGUACUGGGGGUAAUUUAUCAUGCCUUGAAUUUUUUAUUUCUUGUUUCUACCUUCUUGUCACAGUUUUUCUGAGACCAUGUCAGCAAGAUAGAAAUUUCUUCAUUUUUGUGUAGAUACAACAACCUUAACUAAAGCCUUCUCACUGAGGGAUGGAUCUGGCCUGUGCAGUAAGUGUAAUACUUUGACAAGUAAAACGCUUGAAACAUUUUAUUCAAGUCAUUUUCACAUAAACUUGCAACCAUAAUACGGGCAGGUAACACAAGAAUAUGAAAGUGCAGUGAAGAAUACAAAGCUAGUGCCUGAAUAUUAUAAAUUAGAGCAGAUAAAGAUGCAAAGUUACUGAAAUGAAGACUCUGAAGAAAAGUGAAGGAAAUAAUGGAAAGUCUUCAAGAAAGUUGCAAAAAUAAGUGGCAUUUCACUGUAUCUGUAGCAUUUAGUUGCAUAAUAAAAACCUCCCAAUUACAUACUCUUUGGUUUUAAUUCAAGUUAAAAAUUUUUCAGCACCUUUUAGGAUUUGGAGAAAAUGAAAAUGCCUUUUUGGCAUAAAUGUGAGACACAGGAUAAACCAACUUUCAGUGUCUCAUUAAUGAAAACCACCCUGCUGGUUUUGAAUGAGCACACUGCAAACAAUGCAUGAAUGACAAUAGGAAGGUACAUUUGAUAUGUGCAUUCAUUCUGGAGCAGAAAAAAUACUGAGUAGACUUCUAACAUAAAAACAUCAUCUACACAAUGUUUUGGUUCCAUUGGUGACCAGUCUGUUCAUUUUUGUUACACUUUUGUCUAGAAAUACACAAAUACCAAAUGUAUUUCAGGAUUAAAAAAAUAUAUAACAAACCCUUCCUCUAAUGAGCCUGACAUAUAUUAUGUUCCUUAUGUGCAAUUCUUAAGUUAAGAUUUGAAGUGUGAGAAGUUAUUGCUUCACACACUUUUAUACAUUCUGGCUUUUCAGAAGAAAUUUGAGACUGCAAAACAGCAAAUUCAUAGUAGAAUUCCCACAGAAUUUAAAUCUGGUUUUGCUCCCACCGAGACCAAUGUCAACACACUUUCCAAAAAUAAGGGAAUAAGCCAAAUGUCUGGUAAAAUGGAAUCCAAAUAUAAUUUCCUGUAAAAAUGAAAACUUUUUCCAAAACAGUUUUUAAAAAUUCAGAUAAUCCCAAAAACAUAUUCCAGUAUGCAAAAAGGUGUCAAAUCUGCAGAGCCAAGAUACUGAAAAUAUUGGUUGGCGCUCCCCUAGUUAGAACUACUUCUACACAUGCUAUUAUAUAAUAAACUCUUCUACGUCUA